UCUUCGUAUUACGACAAUGUGAGGCCGCUGGCAUAUCCUGACUCAGAUGCGGUUCUCAUCUGUUUCGACAUCAGCCGCCCAGAGACUUUGGACAGCGUCAUAAAGAAGUGGCAAGGAGAAACACAAGAGUUCUGCCCAAAUGCCAAAGUGGUGUUGGUGGGCUGUAAGCUGGACAUGAGGACAGAUGUCAACACCUUGAGGGAACUCUCCAAGCAGCGCCUCAUCCCUGUCACCCAUGAGCAGGGAAGCACGAUAGCCCGACAGAUCGGGGCAGUGGCCUACGUAGAGUGCACCUCCAAGGUUUCUGAGAAUAGCGUUCGCGACGUGUUCCACAUCACCACCGUGUCCUCGGUACGACGGCCGCACAAGCCACAGCUAAAGCGGAGCACCUCCCGCCGGGGCCUGAAACGGGUGUCGCAGCUGACCCUCCCACCCCUGACGGACCGGACUGAGCAGUCAGACCAAACGCCGGCCAUGAGGAAGGACCGGGCCAAGAGCUGCGUGCUCAUG